UCUACCUGUUGCUCCUCCGUGCCCACAAGCGAAAAAAUUCCAUGGCAGAAAAAUUGAAAAAAGAAAAAGAAAUGACAAGAAAAACAAAGAAAGGAAGCAAAGGAAAAUAUGCAAAAAUGAUCUCUUUCUCUGAUUCAUACCAACAAAAACAAGAAAUAUAAACAUCUCUUCCCACCCACAAACCAAAACAAAAGAUCAAAUCAACUUUUUUUUUUUUGGUUUCUUCCUUUGUUCUUCUUCCUCCUUGUAUCAGCAGUCUCUUCCCUUUUCCAAAAGCCACCUAAAAAAACAGCCAAUCUAGAUUUCUUGCUUCAUAUUGACACAAAUUCUUAAAUUUCUGCAUACCCAGGUGGAUUUUUGCCUUAUUGUGCCUCUCUUCUGCUUCUCAUCGCCACUAAAUUCAACAACUAUUUCAGACAAAGAAGAAACAGAAACAUCAAGAAACUACCCAGUAAUGGCAUCAGGUGGCAGAGCAGCAUCGCACUCACAACAGGCACAGCUACAACGACAACUGCACCAAAACAAUAACCUUCACCAAGCAGCCCAGUCCUCGGGCACCAGCAACUUGAGGGCGCACAACACCGAGUCUGUAAGCAAAGCGAUUGCUCAGUACACAGUGGAUGCGCAGCUCCAUGCGGUUUUUGAGCAAUCAGGCGAGUCGGGUAAGUCGUUUGAUUACUCCCAAUCAGUGAGAACCACUAACCAAUCAGUCCCUGAACAGCAAAUCACCGCUUACCUAUCCAAAAUUCAACGUGGUGGCCAUAUCCAGCCUUUUGGGUGCAUGAUCGCCGUCGAUGAAGGUUCUUUCAGGGUAAUUGGAUACAGCGAAAACGCGCGUGAAAUGCUAGGUUUAACGCCGCAGUCAGUUCCUUCUCUAGAGAAACCGGAAAUUCUUUCCAUUGGGACUGAUGUCCGUACCCUUUUCACGCCCUCGAGUGCGGUUUUGCUGGAAAAAGCAUUUGGGGCAAGGGAAAUCACGCUGCUGAACCCUCUUUGGAUUCACUCCAAGAACUCUGGAAAACCCUUCUACGCCAUUUUGCAUAGGGUUGAUGUUGGGAUUGUUAUUGAUUUAGAGCCUGCUAGAACGGAGGACCCUGCUUUAUCUAUAGCUGGGGCCGUGCAGUCACAGAAAUUAGCAGUACGUGCAAUUUCACGGUUACAAUCACUUCCUGGUGGAGAUAUUAAGCUGUUGUGUGAUACUGUAGUGGAAUGUGUGAGGGAGCUUACUGGGUACGAUAGGGUUAUGGUUUAUAAGUUUCAUGAGGAUGAGCAUGGUGAGGUUGUAGCUGAGAACAAAAGGCCUGAUUUAGAACCUUAUAUUGGUUUACAUUAUCCAGCCACUGAUAUACCCCAGGCUUCGAGGUUUUUGUUCAAGCAGAGCAGAGUCAGAAUGAUAGUGGAUUGCCGUGCAACACCAGUUCGUGUUAUUCAGGAUGAAGCACUAAUGCAGCCUUUGUGCUUGGUUGGUUCAACUCUUCGCGCUCCUCAUGGUUGUCAUGCUCAGUAUAUGGAAAAUAUGGAGUCAAUUGCCUCAUUGGCCAUGGCAGUCAUUAUUAAUGGAAAUGAUGAAGAAGCUGUUGGUGGGAGGAAUUCAAUGAGGCUUUGGGGUUUAGUCGUUUGUCAUCACACUUCUGCUAGGAGCAUUCCAUUUCCACUUCGUUAUGCUUGCGAGUUUCUCAUGCAGGCUUUUGGACUUCAAUUGAAUAUGGAAUUGCAAUUAGCUUCUCAGCUGUCAGAGAAGCAUGUUUUGAGGACUCAAACACUGUUGUGUGACAUGCUUUUGCGUGAUUCUCCUACUGGCAUCGUUACUCAAAGCCCAAGUAUAAUGGACCUUGUGAAGUGUGAUGGGGCAGCACUUUAUUACCAAGGGAAGUAUUAUCCAUUAGGUGUAACCCCAACUGAAGCCCAAAUAAAAGAUAUUGUUGAGUGGUUGUUGGCAUUUCAUGGAGACUCAACUGGUUUGAGCACAGAUAGUUUGGCUGAUGCUGGGUACCCUGGAGCAGCCUCGCUUGGUGAUGCUGUUUGUGGAAUGGCUGUUGCUUAUAUCACUAAGAGAGACUUCUUAUUCUGGUUUCGUUCUCACACUGCGAAGGAGAUCAAAUGGGGUGGUGCAAAACAUCAUCCAGAGGACAAGGAUGAUAGCCAGAGGAUGCAUCCACGUUCUUCAUUCAAAGCAUUUCUAGAGGUGGUAAAGAGCCGUAGUUUACCAUGGGAGAAUGCAGAAAUGGAUGCUAUUCACUCUUUGCAGCUUAUUCUUCGAGACUCAUUUAGGGAUGCUGAAGCAACCAAUUCCAAGGCUAUUGCUAAUACCCAACUUGGGGAUCUGGAGUUGCAAGGGUUGGAUGAACUCAGCUCGGUUGCAAGAGAAAUGGUUAGGUUAAUAGAGACUGCAACUGCUCCAAUAUUUGCAGUAGAUGUUGAUGGCUGCAUAAAUGGGUGGAAUGCAAAAGUUGCUGAGUUGACAGGGCUCUCAGUUGAGGAAGCCAUGGGGAAGUCUUUGGUUCAUGAUCUUAUUUAUAAGGAGUAUGAAGAAAUUGUUGACAAGCUUCUUUCUCAUGCUUUAAGAGGCGAAGAAGAUAAGAAUGUAGAGAUAAAAAUGAGGACAUUUGGCUCUGAAAAUGAAAAGAAGGCCAUUUUUGUGGUGGUGAAUGCUUGUUCUAGCAAAGAUUACAUGAAUAAUAUAGUUGGAGUGUGCUUUGUUGGUCAGGAUAUUACUGGUCAAAAAGUGGUAAUGGACAAAUUCAUCCAUAUCCAAGGUGAUUAUAGGGCUAUUGUUCAUAGUCCAAAUCCUCUAAUCCCUCCAAUAUUUGCUUCUGAUGAAAACACUUGCUGCUUGGAGUGGAACACUGCAAUGGAAAAGCUCACAGGGUGGACCCGAGACGAAAUUAUGGGGAAGAUGUUGGUUGGGGAGGUUUUUGGCAGUUGCUGUAGGCUCAAGGGUCCAGAUGCAAUGACAAAAUUCAUGAUUGUCCUGCACAAUGCAGUUGGAGGACAGGAUACAGACAAGUUUGCAUUUUCCUUCUUUGACCGGAAUGGAAAAUUUGUGCAAGCUCUUUUGACAGCAAACAAAAGGAUGAAUAUUGGGGGCCAGAUUAUUGGAGCCUUCUGCUUCUUGCAGAUUGCAAGUCCUGAGCUGCAGCAAGCUUUGAAAGUCCAGAGGCAACAGGAGAAGAAAUGCUUUACAAGGAUGAAAGAGUUGGCUUACAUUUGCCAGGAAAUAAAGAAUCCUCUUAGUGGUAUACGUUUUACCAACUCAUUGUUGGAAGCUACAGACUUGACUGAGGAUCAAAAGCAGUUUCUUGAAACUAGUGCUGCUUGUGAGAAGCAGAUGUUGAAGAUCAUUCGAGAUGUUGAUCUGGAGAGUAUUGAAGAUGGUUCACUGGAGCUUGAGAAGGCUGAAUUCUUACUUGGGAGUGUCAUAGAUGCUGUAGUUAGCCAAGUAAUGUUACUGCUGACGGAAAGAAAUCUACAAUUGAUUCGUGAUAUUCCUGAGGAAAUAAAAUCUCUGGCUGUGUACGGUGAUCAGGUGAGAAUUCAACAGGUGUUGGCUGACUUUUUGUUGAAUAUGGUGCGUUGUGCACCAUCUUCUGAAGGAUGGGUAGAGAUUCAUGUUCGUCCAACACUGAAACAAAUCUCCGAUGGACAUACUGUUGUGCAUACAGAAUUCAGGAUGGUUUGCCCUGGUGAAGGUCUUUCUCCUGAAUUAGUUCAAGACAUGUUCCACAGCAGUCGAUGGACAACUCAAGAAGGCUUGGGGCUCAGCAUGUGCAGGAAGAUUUUGAAGCGUAUGCAAGGUGAAGUACAAUACAUCAGAGAGUCAGAAAGAUGCUAUUUCUUAGUUGUCCUUGAUCUUCCCUUGCCUCGGAGAGGUGCAAAGAACGUCGAAUAGCAUGUCUGGCCUGGAGGGCGUAUGCUGAAUAGCUUCAACAAUUUUGACCAAGUUAUUAGUGAUGCAAGUCAUGACGAACAUUUUCAAAUCCCUGUUUCGAGGUUUAAUCUUGUGCCAAAGUCACCUGUUUCGGCUCAUCGUUAAGGUAAUACAACUGUUUCAUUCCGUAGGUUCAAGCAUAUUUGAUGCUUGUUCAUUGGCAGUAGCUUGAAUCGCCAACCUGCAUGUGCACUGUAGCUGAAAAUGUUUGUCUAGAAGUUUAAUGGUCUCAUUGAUAUGGUUAUGCCAUAUCCGAAUGUAGUAGUUGUACUGUCAUAUAAUCAAGGAGAAUUCUAUUCAGUGGAACCGUUGUAGGGUACAUUCUAAUCUUUGAUUAUGAUUGAAUCCAAUCGAUGGUCAUGAUAAAACCGUUGUACAUACAAUAAUUGUACUCUAAUAUUUUUCGUAAUGAAGAAGUAACUCCUAGUAGGA